UGCUGAAAGGUCGGGAAUAGUGGAAGAGAAUCCAGAGUUGAGCAGGAAGUUCCUAACAGUGGGAGUGCUGACUUAAAUCCUGUGUGUGAGAUUCACCACGGAAUAACAUGACGGAGGACCUGAAGUUCUCAGGAGAAAGAAAUGUUCGCAGCGUUGAACCCAACAGUCACCGUCUCCACGUGGGGGUGUUUCAAACGCACUGUGGAAAACCAGCAAACAACUUUUAACAUUCGAGCGUGCUGCUUGUGGAGGAUCAUCCAGGGCAUGGCUAUCUGCAGCACCAGAUGAGCCUGACUCGGGCCCACCUUAAGAUUGCAUCUCCCCAGCUGCGCUGCACAUGCCUCUGGUAUUGCUCACAAGGCGAGCCUGGGGCUCCAGAUAAUGGGACUUGGCCCCAAGCUCUACCUUGCAUGCUUGUUCCUGUCACUCUGGGAAAGCUAAGGCCGAACUGCAAUGCAGAGCGUGACCCUGAACAGACCCUUGGCAUGGCCCUGGAUGCUGACUAGAUAGGGAGAGGGGUUGGUUUUGCCUUUUUAAGAUUUGAAGCUGACUCGGGUUGGAAAUCUCCGUGUGCUGUGCACAUCUGACUCUUUAAGAGGCUUCGACUUUAAAAGGAGCCAGAGGAAGCUGCUGAUGUUCAACAGAAGUCACAGAGGCUGCGGCAGGAGCAGAACCUCAGACACAGCCCGAGUAGAAGGGGAUGCCGCUUUCAGGGCAGCGGCGUGAUUCUGACACACACCGCCACCGCUGCCCACUGACCAGCAGAUCCAAGAGGACGCUUCUACCCAGUACUGAGGACCGGAGGAUGAGUCUGUGGCUUCCAGGAGGACAGUUCACGCUGCUGCUGCUGCUGUUGCUGUCCGCCCUGCAGACACCCGCGGGGAGCACUGAGGCUGCUCUUAAGGUCGACCUUGACUUGACACCAGACUCCUUUGAUGAUCAAUACCAAGGCUGUAGCAAACAGGUCAUGGAGGAGCUAAGCCAAGGAGACUACUUCACAAAGGAAAUAGACACUCAUAGGUAUUACUCCAGAGCAUGGCAAAAAGCCCACUUAAUCUGGCUGAGCCAAGAGGGGACUGUCCCGGAGAGCAUGACCACUGCACAUGCUGUGGCCAUCUUGGUCUACACCUUGAAUCGCAAUGUGAGCUCUGACUUUGCUACAGCCAUGGCCAGGGCUGGGGGUUCUCCUGGGCAGUACACACAGUCAUUCCACUUCAAGUAUCUGCACUACUACCUCACCUCAGCCAUUCAGCUGCUGAGGAAAGAGAGGUCCACAGAGAACAGCAGCCUGUGCUAUGAGGUCCACCACGGGAUGAAGAACGUGAAAUUUGAAGUCAACGUUGGUGCCACCAUCCGAUUCGGCCAGUUCCUUUCCGCCUCCCUGCUGAGGGAGGAGACACAGGUGUCUGGAAACCAAACACUGUUUACUAUUGUGACGUGCCUGGGUGCCUCCGUGCAAGACUUCUCUCUCAGGAAGGAAGUCUUGAUACCCCCCUAUGAGUUAUUUGAAGUUGUAAGUAAGAGCCGCAGCCCCAAAGGAGAUCUGAUAAGCUUGCGGUCUGCUGGGAACCUGAGCACCUAUAAUUGCCAGCUGCUAAAAGCUUCCAGCAAGAAAUGCAGCCCUGAUCUAAUGGUUACUCUUUGCCUCCUUUUGGUCAGUGUUGUUAUCUCUUCCAAAACCAGAGAGUAAAGGAAUUCACUGGCUCCUUUUUAAAGAAACUUGAUUAUCAGAACUAUCAAGUUAUCAGAAUCUGAGGUCCACACUUCCCACCACAGCACAGAAGACACGGGAGACCGAAGUUGAUGGAAGAAAAGAAGUUUAUUCAAAAGUAGCCCUAGCUAAGGCAGAAGACGACUGUCUCAAAUCCCUACUAAAAGGGAUCUAUAUUGGUUACUUCCUUGUUGCUGUGACCAAAACCAAACAAAGGCAGAAGCUCCAAGUUGGGAAGGAAAGCUUUACUUAUAAACGUACAGAUCAUCAUGACCCAAAAGGCUUGGCACCAGGAGCACCAGGCACUACAGAUGGUUAAGUCGGGCAGGGUACCAAGCCUCAAGCCCCGCCCCCGCCCCGCCCCGCCCCGCCCCGGACCCAUGACUCACUUCCUCCAGCAAGGCUCCACCUCCUGAAGAUUCUAGAUCCAUGGUCAGGGGACAAAAGAGCUCAAACACAUAAGGAGCAUUAACAUUCAACCCACAAGAAGGUGUUAACGUUCAAGGCGCUCUAAGAAGAGAAGGGGGUCCUCCUCACAAAGGACCACUCUCCUGCUGCAGUUGCCUAAGGAGAACUAGAAAAGGCCUUUAUCACACUAUUGCUCAAGCGCGUGCUGUCCUCUUUGCCAGGCGCAUUCUGACCCAAUCAGGACACCACCUGUCUGUGAGAUGGCCAGAGAUCCAUGUGAGAGAGACGACCAUCCAGUUAUAGCCGAUAAGACACAACCAGGGUACGAUUUCAAGAUUAGUUUAGGAGCACAGCAGGCAGGAGUCGCUUUUUUGGGUGAUUAGCAGAAGCGGAAUACAUGUGCACUCGGAGUUGCCACAAAGAGAAGAAUCUGCCUCCCUGGGGCACUAAUUCAAGGGAGGCAGAGCUAAGAAAUAGGAAGAAUUAGGACAGGUGAGAGCGUGAGGUGAGUCUCUGGAGUCAAACUAUGUCUGAGGCAUACAUUAAGCUUCUUCAUUACAGGAAUCAAUAAACGCUGUCUUUGCUAACAUAA